AUGGAGCCCAAAGCCAUGCGCCUCGACCCCCGCGAUUUACGUCUGCUGGUGCGAGCGGAGUAUCUCCACCGCAGAGGUGGCGUACAACAGAAGACGCCGGUGCGAGUGCUGCACCGGCGCGCUUUGGCCACCAGACCUCGAACGGUCUAUUCCUUGAACCUCGAGGUCAUCAAUCCGCACUACUUCAAGCUGAAGGUGUGCGCGCAGGUGGGCGCAACGGAGUUUGUCCACGGAGAUCUGGGGAGGACGAGGCCCUCGAUGCGGAGCUUCCUCAACGGCCAGGUGGAGAUCCUCCAGUUGGAUGUGGAGGGUGUUGAGGAGGCGGAAGACUGA